GCGCUACGGAUUAUGGUUUCGAUUGCGGAAGUUAAUAAUCUGGUUGCUGGGAGUGUACAUAGCCAUUCCAUUCCUAGUAAAACUCUGCCCUGCUAUUCAGGCGAAGCUGGUCUUCCUAAACUUCGUGAGGGUCCCAUAUUUCAUUGACUUGAAAAGACCACAGGAUCAAGGUUUAAACCACACCUGUAAUUACUACCUGCAGCCAGAGGAGGAUGUAACCAUUGGAGUCUGGCACACGGUCCCUGCAGCCUUAUGGAAGAACGCCCGGGGGAAGGACCAGAUAUGGUUUGAAGAUGCUUUGGGUUCCAGCCAUCCUGUAAUCCUUUACUUGCACGGCAACGCGGGGACAAGAGGAGGGGAUCAUCGCGUGGAGCUUUACAAGGUUCUCAGCUCCCUUGGGUACCACGUGGUCACGUUUGAUUAUCGAGGCUGGGGCGAUUCAGUAGGCAGCCCGUCAGAGAGGGGAAUGACCUAUGACGCCCUUCACGUCUUCGACUGGAUAAAAGCAAGAAGUGGAGACAACCCUGUCUAUAUAUGGGGACACUCCCUGGGCACGGGGGUUGCAACGAAUCUAGUGAGACGCCUCUGCGAGAGAGAAACACCCCCAGAUGCCCUGAUCCUGGAAUCUCCGUUCACCAACAUACGGGAGGAGGCGCGGAGUCACCCCUUUUCUGUGAUAUACAGAUACUUCCCUGGGUUUGACUGGUUCUUCCUUGACCCUAUCACGACAAGUGGAAUCAAGUUUGCAAAUGACGAGAACGUGAAAUACAUUUCCUGCUCCCUGCUCAUCCUUCAUGCCGAGGAUGACCCGGUGGUACCGUUUCAUCUAGGAAAGAAGCUUUACAACAUUGCUGCGACGUCACGGAGUUUCCGAGACUACAAGGUGCAGUUUGUUCCGUUCCACACAGACCUCGGCUACCGGCACAAGUACAUCUACAGGAGUCCAGAGCUACCUCGAAUACUGCGGGAAUUCCUGGGAAAAUCUGAACAUGAGCAGCAUCACUGAAGACUGGCUGCUUGGCAGCACAGAGAUUUUCCUUCCUUCCUUCCUCUCUCUCCUUUUCCUCCCCCCUCCCUGCGGGUCAGUCUGCCAUUCUUCCAUCCCUGGCACCAGAGGAGGUCAGGGAUUCCCACUCCAGCCCUGAUGUGUACCAUUGGCAACUCCAGCUCCCGGCAUCAGCAUCUGUGGUGGUAGAAGAAAGAAGUUGUUGGCUUCCUUUUCUGACAUGGAUGGAGGGGUGAAAACGGACCAGGAGCCAGUACCAAGCCGUGAAAAACGUAAGCACAACGCAGCCUGCCCAAUCCGGCGCGGUACUGCUGAGGACAGACAUUCCCAGGACACGCGUGGCGUGCCCAAGGGCGUUCCUUUCACUUUCAAACAUUGCUGCUGGGUUUGGAUCAUGUAGAGACUCAUUUGUAGGCAAAAGGCUUUUGCUGUGUCUCCAUACCACAGGUGUCUUUGCUUGAGUCUGAGGUGUUCUCUUUCUGGGAAACACGUGUUUUGCCUUCCCUUUU